CGACGACGAUGAGCACACGAAGUAUACUGGUGACCGGCGUGACGGGGUACAUGCGCCAAAUGAUGGUCUACUGCCUCGUCCGCGAGUCGCGCUGGUCGCCCGACGUGAUCAAGGCGGGCGGCGUGCCCAUCUUGGGCAGUCUGGAGGAGGCUGGGCCGUUGGCCAAGGUGAUCGUCGAGCGUAACAUCACGACGAUUGUCCACCUCGCGCGUGGCGAAUGGUCAGACCACCGUAUGCUCCUCUCUGCGCUUGCGCGCGUCGAAUCUGCGCAGGAAAAACAUUACAUCUGUCUCGGCCGUGGCGAGUCCUUUUCCAGCGCCACAGGCUGGCCCCACGCGUCGGUAUCGGACAACGACGACGUCGAGGCAUUGCAGCGCGACGCGACGCGCUGUCCGUCGCGCGACGUGGAGUUGAGCGUGCUCGAGACCGCUAGGGCGUGCGGCAUCGUGCCGCACGUCGUCGUGGCGCCGCUCGUCCACGGCCUGGGGCGCGGAUGCGGAAACCGUGCAUCAAACCAUGUCGGGCGCCUGGUCCAGGCCGCGCUCAAGAGCGGGGCGGCGAUGUAUGUGCUGCCGGGAGACGAGGGCUGGGCGACGGUCCAUGUCGACGUCCUCGCAGAGUACAUUCUUGCUGUUCUCACGAUGUCGACCUCUGCAUUGUACUCUUCUUCAUCUCGCUCCUCUGUACCGCGCUCGUCGACAUCUCCAGCGUCUCCAUCGCGCUCCCCCCCAUCGCGGUCUGCGCGGUUUGCACCAUACCCCUCCCCAUCCGCCUCAUCCACGCGCGCCAUCUCCCCGUCUUCGCCAUAUCCCACUCUAUCACACCUAGCCCCCUCCGUCUCUGGACCACAACGCACCUCUUCACCUCCCUCCUCCACCCCCCUCGCACCAUACCCAUCACCUCCCCUCACCGACACGGGCACCACCACCGGGGGGUACUACUUCGCGGCAACAUCCCACGUCACAUGGCACGACCUCGCCUCGGUCCUCGGCUCAUGCCUGCACGCCCGCGGCCUCGUGCCCAGCGCAGAUCCGACGCCCUUCCCAAGCAUAUCAGCUGCCGCCCGCGCCCUCUGUGUGCAGCGUGAAGCCGUCCUUCGCCAGUUCUCCGGCACCGUCUCGUUGUCGUCAAACCGUCUCAAGCUCGUUCGCCAAAACGAUAGCAGCACCAGCUCGCACUGGCAAAAGCUUGUUGCCCCCACUGAGACUCGAACUCAGGUCUAGGGAUUUCACGUCUAUUGACGCUCAUAACGAAUAUGAGACCCUCGCGUUAACCACCUGCGCCAUGGGGGCAUGGCCUUGAACGGCGACGAAAAUUGCACAUCCCGGUCGUUUUUGAGGGUUCAGGGAGCUCAACUCGCCCACGGUAGUCGACGUUCGACUUGCUGGCCCUUUCUUGGCCCUGAGCGAGCUGUUGCUCCCUCCGCGUCCCUCUGGACCGUCCUUAUCCCCUCCCGUAACUCUGUACUGCGUCUGUACUGCGUCCGAACGAUUCUCACGCGCGAUGACAAC